AUGGUGCUUUUGUGGAAGAAACUAGCUGGCUCUUCAGAAGGCGAGUCCAGUUUCGAGUACAGUGAAAGUGAUUCUCAGGACGAGAGCAGACCUUUAAAAUCCACCAAGCGGCAACUGCCUCCUAUUUCGCCUGAAAUGGAUUCGGUUGGAGCCAAGAGUCCUUCGACAUCCCCUGAAAUAUACCAGAGUGAAAAAAUGGACCACUCGAAUAUAGGCAAAAGACUGGCUCGGUACGCCAACGACCCUGUUAUCGUGAAUUGGUCUGAGCUUCUUCAGCAACGAGCACAGAACGUGUUUGAUCCGGACUUCGGCCGGGUCGAGUUCCAUGGCUUUGAAGGAAGCAGUGCCACUAGAAAUAUCCAGUUGAAAAUGCUACAUUCAGCUGCCCAGGAGGAAAAUGCCUCGAGCCAGCCAGCUGGACUGAACCCUGGUAAACAGGGUCUGGCCGAGAAGCAACCCACACAACACACGUCAGCCGAGCAGGAUUCAGCUGAUAUGGAUCCUGUAGAGGCUGAAGCUAGAGCAGUUAGACAGCUCGAGCUUCAACGGCAGAACCAGGAGCUCAACAGACGCCGCAGUCUCGAACGUCACCAGGAAAGAAAGGCAAAGAAAAAGAACCAAGAACCCAGCGCUGAAAUGGAAGAGGCGUUAAAGGAAAUACGGCACGCUGAACGUCGUCAUCGUAAGCUUGAAAGGAGGAAGAAGAAGGAGGAAUCCAGGGAGCGUCAGGCCAAGGAGCAGUGGUACAUUGAGGAACAGGAAUUUCUCAAGUCUGAACGAGAAAAGGAAGCUGCUCGAGAGAAAGCCCGGGAGGUUGCCAGAGAAGAGAAGCGCCAGCGUAAAGAAGCCAAGCGUCUUGAAAAGGAGAAGAAACGUGAAGAAGAGAGAGAACGUGAACGUGAAAGAGAACGUGAGCGUGAAAGAAAGAGACGCGAGGAAGAGAAGCAAAGAGAACGCAGAGAAAGGCAGCGUCAGAGAGAAGAAGCUGAGCGUGAACGUAUUCGUCAAGAGGAAGAAGCCGAACGUGAACGUGUACGCCAAGAAGAAGAGGCUGAACGCGAAAGACAACGCCAGGAGGAAGAGGCAGAGCGUGCUAGGAAGGAGGAAAGAAGAGAGAGGCGGCGUGAAAGGCGUAACAGAAGCAGAGGCCGUGAACUCGAAGGAAGCGAAGGCGAGGCCAGGGACAACAGCCGUGGACGCCGUCGCCGUGACCCAGAGGCAAGAGCUGCAAGAGCCAGACAGCGUGAAGAAAGAGCUACCGAGCGAGCCAUAAGACAGGUUCAGGCCGCCGAGAGGGCUGCUGAAAGACGGGCAGAACGGCGCCGGCGCCGUGCUGCAGAAGCUCAAGCUACCGCCGAGAUGGGUCCGCCUCCACGGGACGAGUACAGCACCAUUGAUGAAGAUAUCCCUCCAUACCGUGAGAGUUUGCAUAAGUACCUUGACUUGGUGGCUUACGACGAGCGGUUUGCCCCUAUACUUCGGGUGAACCGGUACUUGGUCAGCGGACAGGAGGACUUGAUGGAGGCGAUCAACCAGCUUUCACAAACAAACCUCUUGCCCAAGACAACGGACCUUUGGAAUAUUUCUCAUGUGGACGACUCCGAAUACGAAAACAUGAUCCCGGUGUUGAUUCCUGAAAAUGCUUACUACGAAAAUGAGCUUGUUGGCCUUGUCACGCCAGACACCCGCAGCCUAGUGAGUUAG